AAACAGCGUUGGAUCCACAUCGUCGUCGUAUCUAAGCGGAGGUUCAGGCUCAACCUCGUCCACCUAUCGCACCAGUUCAGCGUACUUGAGCGGAUCCACAUAUGAUUCACCAUCUUACGGCAGAUAUGGACGAAACUCUUGCAGAUUGCGCCCCUUCUAACUCACUUAACCAAAAGCAAAGCAAAAACAAAAGCAACUCCCAAAAACUCAACUAAAUCGAACUUCCGAAUAUCGCAAAAACACAACAAUAACUAACCUCAGAAACGCUGACUAACACCCGCAAGCCCAAGAGCCCGCAAGCUACCCCAAUCAAGCCCCAGUUUAGUCCUGUCCUGUCCAGUGCUGUAUAACGUCCCAGCAAUUGCUACACGACUAAGGAGUAGGCCUAGGAAUAGGACACGAAGUAGGCUAGAAGAAUUUCAGCCUUUGCCCUACUGUUGGUUCUCUCUCUCUCUCUCUCUCUCUCUCUCUCUCUGUCUGUCUCUGUGUGUUAACAAAGUAGCCUGUGAUUUCUGCAAAAUUUAAGGUCCCCUUUCGUUUAGGCCUCAAAGUCAGUCAAAACUCAGCAAUACUAAACUCGAGAAAUGAAAGUAAAAUAAAAAACACACAGACAGAAGCAGAAAUCCAGGCUGAUUGGACACGAAUCUGUAAGUGUAGUGAGCGGGAGAAUCCCAUAGUAUGCAGACAAGACUGCCAGCUGAUGUUGAAUGAUGUUAGACAAUAAGAAGAACAGAGGUUUCCACAAGACUCCAGCAACCAGACUGCAUCGUGGAGGUGAGCCAGCAUUAAUAGCACUAGCAACACCAUCCACAGCAGCAGCAGCAGCAGCAGCGACAGGUGCAUCCACAGUAGCCGCAACCCAUCAGCUGGGAGGAGGAAGGACAGCAAUCACUGGUGGCACAACAGUGGCAGGCGGUAAAGGUGCAGGCAGCACAAAGCGUGGCAUCAAUCAUAUCACGGCGCGUGGCAAGGACAGUAAAUCAAAGAAUUACACGCUAGCAGGCAUACCAGCCGGUGUGGCACGGGGACAAGGCAAACACGGCUCAUCAUCAGCAGCUGCAGGAGUGGCAGGAACAGGAGCAGGAGCAGGAGCAGGAGUUGGCCGCUCAGUGACAACGGGUACAGCGUGCGGCAAUCCCGUGCGUACGGCCAAUCAGCGUUACUUUCUGGUGCCCAACUUCAAGGAUUCCACAUUCCUCAAGGACGAGUGCGCGCUGGCCCUUGCCCAGGUAACGGGCGCGAGUGCGGGUGCCGGCAAAUCAAAAGCCACGACCCACGGCAAGCAGCGCUCCCGUGUGGGUGAGGACAACAAGAACAAUAAUAACCAGAACCACAAUCAGAACCAGCACCAGAGCAGCAGCAACAGCAGCAGCCAUCAGCAGCACAAGGCACACGGCCAUGUGGCAGAAGGUGGAGGAGGAGGAGGAGCAUUGAGUGACAUGCCACGUCCGCCCGUGCUCAAUGGCAAUCAACAGGCGGCAACAGCAGCGACGACGACGACGACGUCGAGAAUCACCAGCAACGGGGGACACAAGCACGGCCACAGAACCACUGGCGCCCAGGAGCAACAGCUAACGUCGGCACAGAAGGUGGCGCUGGCCUUGCAGGCCACAGCCACUGCAGCAGGUGCAGGCAGGAAUCUACUCAAGCUAAAGCCACUACCCUUUGGCAGCAGCUCCAACAAUAAUAACAAUAAUAUUAACAACAACAGCAAUCACGGCUACGCCAGUCAAACGAACAUGAACGGACACAUUAACAACAACGGCGGAGGCAGCAUCAAUGCCAGCAACAACAACAUGCAACGUGGGCAGAAAGUGAAGCAGCAGCUGAAGCAGGAGGUGCAGCAGCAGCAGCAUAAGCAGCAACUGCAAGACGAUGACAUCAGCUACAUAGACAGCGAUGAUACGCCACCUCCCUCCACAUCAGCAGCGGGUGGCAGCAAAGUGGCAGCAGGAGCAAGCGAUCCGAUGUUCCGCAACCGUCCGAGAUCCACAAUUAUCACAUCCCAUUCCAACUUUGCCGCCAGCUUGGAGAAGUUCAACAACCUAAAGCUGGUCAAUGGCACACCAGCGGUGGCGGCAGGCAAACGCACAGCAUCCACAGUGUUGCCCAGCAAUGCGCGUCGCUACGGCAUCGAUUCGGUUAGCAUUAAGGCAUCGAUUGAGAAGUUCAACAAUUUGAGCUGCCAGAAGCAGCGGCAGGGCAAGGAGGCGGCCACCUCGCAUGCGAGAGGUGUCAUGCCACGUGGUGGCCACAUAGCGCAUACCUCGUCCAUUGGGAGUAGUGGAAAUUUGCAACAGCAUCGCUACAGCGGGGAUCUGGAAAAUGUGCGCUUGUCGGCGGGACACAGCAGUUCCCUGACACGGGCCGCCUAUCGCACCACGGCGCCCAUGAAUUGUGUUCUCGCCGCACCCACAUUGCCGCCAGCCGUGCAGCCUCUUCCGGUGUCGUUAAAUUCUCAGGUAAACGACACCAAGACACAAUCAAGCACGGCAACAGCAGCAGCAACAGCAGCAACCACAGUUUCCGCUUCCUCCGCCGGUUUGUCGUCAUCGUCGUCGUCUUCCGUCGUCUCCACAGCCACGGCAACGGUCACGGUCACCGUGACGGGCUCAGCGACAGCCAACGAUAGUGCCAGAAAUGUGAGCAGCACCAGGAAUGUGCUGCCGCCCGUGUCGCCAACACCCAGCCGCUACUGGGAACGGGACAGCGGCAACUCCACCACCAGCACCAGUCGCCAGUACUCAUCUUCCAAUUCGUCAGCUCUGAGCGGCAGCAGCAAGUACAACACCGAUGAGGGUUAUCGAAGCUCGACGAGUGCGCGGGAAGAGAAGGCAGAAGGUUUGUGCGGCCUGAGAAAUAUCGGUAAUACAUGUUUCAUGAACUCGGUCAUACAGUGCCUGAGCCACACGACUGAGCUGACACGAUUUCUGCGCACACAUCAUGGCUCGCGCACGUCUGCCACCAAGGAUCAGCUAAUACUCCUCGAAUUUGCCAAACUCAUCCAGGAGAUGUGGACAUCAAGCGUGCACACAGUUACCCCCAUGGACCUCAAGCGCGCCUUCUCUGCCAAGCAUCGCAUGUACAGUGAUUACAAUCAGCAGGAUGCGCAGGAGUUUCUGCGCUUCUUUCUCGAUUCACUGCACUCGGCCCUCAACUCGGGCAUCAAGGGCGAAACACUCAAUAUUGAUGAUAAUCUCAGUGACAAUAAGAAGGCCGAUCUAACCUGGGAGUGGUAUACGAGGCAUGAGAACUCCUUGGUGCGCGAUCUGUUUGUGGGACAACUGAAGAGCACUCUGAAGUGCACGACAUGCGGCAACACGAGCGUCACCUUUGAUCCAUUCUGGGACUUGAGCGUGCCGCUGCCCUCCUCAACGCGCUGCAAGCUGGAGGCCUGCUUGGAUCUGUUCAUACGAGAGGAGAUACUCGAUGGCGACGAGAUGCCCACAUGCUCCAAGUGCAAGACGCGACGAAAAUGCACCAAAAGCUUCACCAUUCAACGUUUCCCCAAAUAUCUUGUCAUACAUCUAAAACGCUUCUCGGAAACGCGCUGGAGCAAGCUAUCGAAUAUUGUUGAGUUCCCCACGGCUGAUCGCGACCUCAAUAUGGCAUCCUACGGCGCCAACUCCAACUCGAAUGUGCAUUACUCGCUCUACGCGAUAUCCAAUCAUAUGGGCUCAACGGCUGGCGGUCAUUAUACGGCGCUCUGCAAGCAUCCAGUUUCACGCAAGUGGCACGAGUUCAACGAUAAUAUCGUGAGCGAUUCCGUGUCCGAAAACUUUCUCGUUUCAUCCAGUGCUUAUAUACUUUUCUACGAGCGUUCGUAGGACUCAGUGCUGAGUUCAAACGGAGUCCUUGAUCUGUGUGGCGGCGUCUACAGGGCGAGGAAGGAGCAGGCAGCGGGAACAACGACAACAGCAACUACAGAUCAAGGAGGGCACGGGGACAGCUGCAAUUCCCUCCCAAAGAAUUGCAAACUAAACUUAAAAGUUUUACUUAAAAAAAGCGGAAAAAAAAAUUAAAUCGUGCAGCAGUUCCCUUCCCCCCCCCCCCUCUCUCUCUGAAUGGUUACCCGUAGUGUAGCGGAUAAUUAGCGACAAUUAGUGUACAUAAAAACCUCGGAACUUCGUGGCCUGAAAAGCGGUAAAAAAAACUAAAAGGAAAAACAAACAAAAAACAAUUCGGUUCAGGAACAUACAAACAAAAAAAGGAAAAAACAACAACAACUUUCGGCAAACUAAUCCCCAGUGCAAUGAACUCACAAGCCAAUCAACCUCCUUAAGAACAACUAAAAACUAAAAAAAAAAAAAAAAAG